AUGAACGGUACCGCGGAUGCUCUAGGCCAUUUGGCCACUGUUAUGGAGAACAAUCGACGAGCAUGGCGCAUACCUAUUCGAAGUGUACACGUAACGGUUGAGAAUCAUACCCAGCAUACUCUCAUUCUUGUCAACGAGCAUCUCCAUAAAGGCGAAUGGUCUAAACGAAGUGCCGGCAAUGAAAAUAUGGAUCGAACCAACCCGCAAGCGCGUAUUGAGCCUGGUCAAACAAACAUGUUUCUCAACGGGAUUGUGGAUCGUGGGAGUGGGGUGGAAGGGGAAGUUACUUACGAGCUUGAAGGUACAGGAAAGGCUGUCACUCUGUAUUGGGAUAAUCCCGUUUGGGGCAGCAAUUCAUAUGAGGAGCGGAAGUCCGGAGAUGUGAACGUUCAAAGGCACGGCGCCGGGUCUGGGGAUGACUCUGCUAUAACAUGGGCCUUUAGCGAUUGA